AUGUCCUUCCUCGCUCCUCCUGGUUACCAGCCCGUCUACGGCCCCACAAUUCCGUAUCUGGGGCCCAUCUAUGGAGGUCUGAGGGAGGGAGCGUCCAUCUACAUCCAGGGCUCGGUUCCGGACAAUAUCACCAGGUUCUUCGUCAACCUGUUGUGCGGACCGUCCGAGUCCAGCGACAUCGCCCUCCACUUCAACCCGCGCUUCGACGGCCGGGACAAGGUGGUCUUCAACAGCCGGCAGAAUAACACCUGGGAUGCGGAGGAGAAGAUCCGCGACAUGCCCUUCGGCAAGGGCGAGGCCUUCGAGAUGGUCGCGGUGUGCUCGGCGCAGGGCUACCAGUUCAAAAUCAACGGGAAAGACUUCCACACCUUCAAGCAUCGCCUCCCUUUGGCGAGAGUGUGCGGCAUGCAGAUUGGGGGAGACGUUUCCAUCCAGACGAUUAACGUCAUCGGGGGAGGAUACCCAGGAGGCAGCAUGGGGGGAGGAUACCCAGGAGGCAGCAUGGGUGGUGGCUAUCCGGGUGGAAUGGGGGGCAGUAUGGGGGGUGGAUUCCCAGGAUCAAGCCUGCCGGGUAUGGGCGGACUGCCAAUCUACAACCCUCCGAUCCCGUACUCGGGCGUGAUCCCAGGAGGAAUGUUCCCCAAGAGGACCGUCGUCAUCAGAGGCACGGUGCCCUACCAGGCGAGCAGGUUCAGCAUCAACUUCCUGGCGAGCAGAUCUGGUGACAUCGCCUUCCACAUCAACCCGCGCGCGAGGGACGGCGUGGUGGUGCGUAACAGCAUGAUCGGCGGCCGCUGGGGGCAAGAGGAACGCCAGCUCGGCGCCAGCCCCUUCGAGGAGGGCCAGUACUUCGAUCUGUCGAUCCGCUGCGGCAGCGACCGCUUCAAGGUGUUCAUCAACGGGCAGCCGCUGUUCGAUUUCACUCACCGCACGUGUGCCGUCAACGACAUCGACAAGCUGGAGGUGGCGGGCGACGUGCAGAUCUCCUACAUCCACUUCUGAAAGCACACCCGGUUUGCGCCAACACCGCAUGCGCGUGAUAUCACCAUGUCAACCAGCA